AUGGCGCCUGUCGGUCCUCGUGCCUCGAAGGAGGAGUUCAUGCAGGCUUUGGUCUUGGAUUCGCAGGAUCCGCAGCAUGAGCAGAUUUAUAGGGCGAUGAGGGAUGAAGCCAUCGUCGUCUAUAAUCGUCUCAACGAAGAUACCUCGCAUCUCCUCGACAGCGUAGCCAACGACCCGUCCACCCGGCCGCCCUUCUUCUGGCAUCAUAUCCGUCCCGAGCGCCAACGGUGGGGGAUCAUCGAGAUCGCGCAGAAUGCUGGGCCCUUGACCCGUCCUUUCUUCGCUCGCGGCGCCACGGCCGGUGAGUACGGUCCGAAUUGGGUGGCCGGGUGGUUGCUGUAUAGUGUGUUUCGGUCGAGGGAUGUUCGGAACAAUCGCAAUCGGCGAAAGGGGGACGAUCAUGGUCAGGGCUCGAAAACGAAGAAACAGGAAGAAGAUGCGCCGCCGAAGAAGUACUAUGAUCCGGUGCGAAAUGGGUAG